AAUCAACUUAUCGAUAUCCGAACCUGUAACUGUUAUCGGCAUAGCCAACUUUACUGAUAGUGAAAAAUAAUUAAUUAAUUUACCAAGUUAAAAGCAUUUAUUGAAAAGUAGGUCACACAAAAAAUGGCAACCAGAACCAACACAAUCGAACGCAAUGCAAAUGGCAGCGUCAAAUCCUCAUCACUGCGAGAAAUUUGCGCGCGAGCUAUGACAAAAUCCGAAUGGGAUGACAAGGACGAGUUUCUGGACGUUAUUUACUGGUCACGUCAAGUGUUUGGCAUCAUACUCGGCAUCGUCUGGGGCAUUGUGCCGCUUAAGGGCUUUCUGGGCCUUGUGCUAUUUGCCGGCAUCAGCUGCGGCGUUGUCUACCUGUACGCCAUCAAUUUUCAGAAUGUGGAUGAGGAUGCUUACGGUGGUGCGUGGGAGCUGGUGAAGGAGGGUUUUAUGACAUCGUUUGCCGGGUUUCUAGUGACGUGGAUUAUCUUCUACACCGGCCUGCACUACGACACAAUAAUGGCGGCGAAAUCUUCAUAAUACCAGCCAUAGAGUGAGUGAGUGAGGGAGAGGUGUAGAAAGUAUCCGACGCACUGCAAGAAGUAGAUGAAAAAAGACCAGAAGAAGCAAUAACCGAUUCCACAGUUCAAAUGCAAUUGAAGCAAAUCAUUUUUGCAGCGCCAAAGCAUCAAUCAUAAUAAUAUUAAUUGAAUUGCCCAACUUUUUGUGUCCAUGUAGAUUGUUAAAAAUGUGUAGCCAAUUAUGAGUAAUUUUAUGUGUGCAUUUUGUUUUCAUUAUUUACAAUAAUCGCCGGAUAUAUUUGCGAGACUUGUGCGAUUUUUCUGUGAAAAAUACGCAAGUGAGCAGCAAACCUGUUGAGGAUUGUUAGUACCAUGUAUGAAAUCUAUUAAAGCGCCGAGAUGAAUUGA